AAUAAAUCAAAUGGUUGUUUGAGACGACGCAUAACAGCUCAUUCUCCCCCAAAUUCUUCUAUGGUUUGCUUCCAUUCUAUAUUUUUUCCUGUGUUCUCUUCAUCUUCUCUACAUCUGGAACUGGCUUUCUCCCCAAAAUCCUCAUCUGAUCAAUACAAAAUCGUCAAAGAUCCUUCCUUUUUCGAAAACCCACCGAGUUUCAGAAGUUUCAGAAUCACCAGAUCCAUCAAACCCCACCAUCAAAGAUGCCAUCACCGUCUAAAACACUACCGGCUCUCCUCUUCCUGUUAACUCUCCAUCUCUCCCUCUCCCUCUCAUCGGACUCCCCCUCCGCUUAUGAAAUACUGGAGGGAUUCGGCUUCCCUAAAGGAAUUCUUCCAGAGGGAGUGACUAGCUACCACUUAGACGACGAUGGCGGCUUCCAAGUGCUUCUAUCUUGUGACUGUGAGCUCCGUGUGGAGGAAAGCGGGUAUCUGCUCAAGUACGGGAAAAAGAUAACGGGAAAGGUGAAGUCGGGUCAGCUAAAAGAGCUUAAUGGUGUUAGCGUUAAAGUUGUGAUGAUUUGGUUUGGGAUUAAUGAGGUGGUGAGGAAGGGAACUGAUCUCUUCUUCUACGUUGGGCCACUCUCAGCUUCCUUCCCUUCGUCCAACUUUGAAGAGUGCCCCAAAUGCGACUGUGGUUCCAGAUUUUCUAUUGCUAUGGUGUCAGAUUCUUAGGCUUCUUCAAGUGCUGGUGAUGUCUACUCAUGCUUUCAUACUUUAAAGUUUUGUUUAUGAAUAAGUUUGUUAUCUGUUGAAUGAUUUGAUGCAAGAAUGCAAGUUGAUGUUGCUUCAAUUAAAAGUUGCAUGUUUCUUCCA